AUGAGUAGAGAAGGUUUCGUUCCACCCACCUCGGGAAACCUUGGUGCUGCUGCUUCUGGUAUCUCCUCGUUGAAGGGAAUGGGAGUGAAGUAUGUGUGUGCUUCUUGUGCCCACACAUUCUCCUUGAAUAAGAAUGAUGCUGUCAGAUGCAAGGAGUGUGGACACCGUGUGUUGUACAAGGCGAGAACUAAGAGAAUGGGUAAGUUUUUAGACUGUGAUCAUGUCUGA